AUGGCCAGGGACUUCGAGCUCAUACGGUCUUGGCUCACUGGCAAGCGAAAGCACACUGGCGACGAUGACGAAGCCAACGCCUCCAAACGCACUCGCGUCGACUCUGUCACCUCGACCACCGCCGCCGCCGCCGCCCCUGCUUCCUCCCGUCCACGGCGAAAUGUCGCACGUCGCGCUCCAGCCAUCAAGAGAGAGCCAGGUUUCUCAACCUCAAUGCGUUCGCAAGGUCACGUCGCUAACGGUGGAGAAGGAGGAAACGUUCCCACUGCUCCAGCAGGCGGUCCUCAAACGAACACCGGCCAUGCUGUUCACCCAACGACUGCGCCAGCGCCCUCGGACGCCAUGCUACGACUCCCACCACCCGGCGCCGCCUAUGGCCCCAACCCACUCACCGGCAUGAUUCCAGGUACCAGACUCCGUAUCCGCACUCGCAGCGACGAGCGCCGCGUUGACAUCUGGGUCACGAUCCCCUGUCACCGCAAUCACCACGGCAGCUGGUACGAUGUUGGCGAGAUGCCCCCGGGCAUGUGCGAUUACCAGAUCCGUGGGCUUUGCGUUACUAUGCACUGGUGCCCACAGGUCUUGCAAUGCCGUGUUUGUGGCUUCCGGAUUUGUCGUCGGUGCAAGCAGACCAUCAACCCGGAUGAGUGGAGGGACCUGUGA